UGACAUUACACCCAACUCACCGAAAGAGGGCGUGGUUUAGUUGCGCUACACAUAAUUAACAAAUUAAAUAAAUUAUGCGUCACUGAAUCAAUAUAACAAACUACAAAGUUAACAUUGCAUUACAAAUAAUUAACGAAGAAAUGCUUAAAUGCAAAUAUGAGUUGUAUUUUGAUGUUUGAAUUUCUUGAACAGCGUCGCCCAGGCACCAGUCGUCACUUCCGUUUCGCGUAGAACUUUUUUGCGUAGAACUUAGCACUCACAUGUCACGAGGUCGUCCGGGAUUAAGCACAUUUGAAACGAAGAAAAAUGGUAAUGUGGAAGGGAGGGGCUACUUGAUCUCGACAACCAAUUAAAUUGAUGCAUGCAAUUGAUGGUAUUGAGUCCAGUAUUUAAGAGCUUCUCCAUGUGAAAUUCUCAUAACUGAAAAGUGAAGAUGAGAGCAAAGGUGACGUCUUUGGCUGUGCUCUUUGUGGGGCUGCAUUGUUUGUUAACUUUGCCAGUGUUGGAGGCCACGUCUCUUGCCAAGGUUUCAAAAGACGAAGAAUCAAAUCCAGCUGUCAGCAUUGACUUUGAACAGGCCCAUAAUUUUCUGGCACGUUCUCGUCUGAGGAGAGAGGCUGAUCCAAACUGGCAUCGCAAAAAUCCAGACUUCCAGUCGUACUAUCGCUACUAUAGCAGUAUUGGACACACCGAAGGACUCUAUGAGAUAGACAGAAUAAGAAUGCUGUACCAGCAGAUGCGUCAUUUGGAGAUCACCUAUGGCCAAGAUGCAUCCGAAUAUCAGAAUGCCCUUGGCGUAAAACUUAAGCCCACCUCUGCGCCCACCACACAGCCUCCCACUUUGCCACCUUUAUCCAAGGUGGAUGUGAUAUAUUUGUGUAAUGUACAGGACCCCCUGUGCAAACCACGGCUUGUGUACCUGCCCACCGGUGCAGUCCCUGUGCUUUGUGAUCCACGUUACCACCCAAACUGUCAUUUGAGCUCUGUUCCGGACAAUUCUCCACCUGUAACUUCAGAGUCUGUGGCGUCGGCACCUCCCAUCCCGGAAAAACCUACUUUACCACUAGCUCCUCCUUCUCCAAUGAUUACCAAAGAAAUGGAGUACGACUGUGAUCCCUACUGGGACCCUGACUGCCUGAUCGAACACCCUCCUAGACCAGUAAAGACGAUUCAACCACCGGAGAUUCACAACAGUGCUGAGAAUAAGAAGUUAAAGGAACCAGGAAACAAUGUCAUCUUUAAUGCUCCGUUUCCCAACUAUGACCCUUAUGAUUUUAAUCAAGAUUUAUAUGAUCCUUUCCGUCAUGCUGCCCCAGAGUAAAGAAAACAAUUUCAUUUUGAGUGAAAUCAUUGUCUAAAAAGCACAUUUUAUCAAUGUACGUUUUUCACACAGCCUACAUGUCAAAGUGAUUAAAAAAUAUUUAAGUUACAUGUAAA